CAAGUUUCAAACCACCAAACGUUUAACACAGUGCAAUCAGCUGUUUGUUUACUUUUCAAUUAAUAAUUUUAUAUUAAAUGCGCUGCGCUGUUAAUAAUUGCGGAAAUAAUAAUCGCAACUCGAAUAGAAAGAAAUGGCGAUACUUUCAUUUCCCCAAAGAAGAGCUGCUCCUUCAACAAUGGAUAGAUUUCUGCCAGCGGGAUAGAAUAAACACCGUUACUGCCUGCAUCUGCAAUGAGCAUUUUGCACCCGAGGACUUUGAGCGGAAUAUGCAGUUUGAACUUGGCUUCACCCGGAAAAAUCCAACCAAACUUAAGUCCGGCUCAAUUCCUAGUGUAAAUAGACCCCAAAAGGCGGCCAAAGAAAAGCGUGGGAGAACCAAAAAACGCUGUACAAAUGAUUCUUCGAAGAAUUCCAACAGCGUCACCGAAUUCUACCAGGAAGAACCACAAUUUUCAAAUAUCCAAGAAACCAUAGAAAUCCAACUAUGUGAUAUUGCUAAUGAUUUUGAGGAAUUGGAAGAAAGUUCCUCCAGCGUUUACAAUGAAAUUGUAGAACUGAUCGGUGAAUCUGGAAGAAGUACGUCCUCCCAACAAUCUAAAGAUGACGACAGUCUUCAAGAUCACAGGCAUUUGGAAGUAGAAAUUCUGGAUCCCCUAAAUCCGCAAUCGAAUGCCAAGGACCAUGUGGAGAUAAUUGAUUCGGAAGGCGACAACUAUGUAAAGCACUUGGAACAUGAAGUGUGUUCCCUAAAACGCGAGGUAUUUUUUCUCAAAGACGAACGCAAAAAGCUAACGCAAGAAAUUCGAAACCUCAAGGCAACUAUUCAAAGAUCAGAAGUCCAAAAAACUCUGAAAAGAAACUUCAACUCUAUUUGAAAAGCAGCAUCGAAAAAUAUUUGAAGUGUUUGAGCAUCUCUUCAAAUUGUGUUAAUAUUUUUAAGAGGAAUCCCUAGGAUUAAAAUUCAUGUAGAAUAUGACAAGGAUGGAAUUUUUACUACAACAAAAUGUCCAUUCUGAAAUGGAAAGACUGUUCAGAUGAAUGCGACAAAACACGAAACUUUAAAAUCUUGACUGACUAUUCAUAUAUUAAAAUUGUAAUGCGGAAUAUUUUUCUGUUGAUUCAUAAAUAUUUUGCAUAAAUCGAUGUCAUAAGAAUAACUUAA